AAUGUCGUCAAUCUGACUGGCGACGAUACGCUGUAUGCUGCUUUGUUUUAUUAGUGAGUACCCCAUCACCUUCGAGGAGCUCCAGGACCUCGAGCAUGAGUUCGAGGAGGCCGAGAACGAGAUCAUGCGCCAGCAGAUCAAGCUCACCAAGCCGCUGUAUGAGAAGCGCGCCAAGACAAUCGCUCAGAUUCCCAACUUCUGGCCGCUUGUCCUUGAGCAAGCUCCUCAGGAGAUUGACCAGUACAUCCAGCCGACCGACUCGCAGGUCCUCUCUGACCACCUGACCAACAUCUCCGUUGAGCACUUCGAGGCCGACAAGGACCCCCGGAGCAUGAUCCUCAAGUUUGAAUUCUCCGAGAACGAGUACUUUGAGGACAAGGUCAUCGAGAAGAAGUUCUGGCACCGCCAGGCUACCGGCGGCUGGGCCGGCCUCGUGUCUGAGCCCGUCGCCAUCAAGUGGAAGUCCGGCAAGGAUCUCACUGGUGGCCUCCUCGACCUCGUCGUCAAGGUCUGGCAGGAGGAGAAGACCGACCCCAAGGCCAGCAAGGACAGCACUCCCAAGAAGGAGGCUGACUACACUGCCUCGGAGAAGGAGCUCAAGGAGAAGAUCGAGAGCACCGGUAUGGGCGGUGCUAGCUUCUUCUCCUUCUUUGGCUACCGCGGCUUCCACAUCACCCCCGAGGAGAGCGUUGCCGCCAUCAAGAAGGCCGACGAGGAGCGCAAGGAGCGUGCUGCGGGCAAGAAGACCGCCGAUGACGAGGAGGAGGAGGAUGAGGAUGAUGACGAGGAGGACCCUCUCGCUCUUGAGAUCUUCGCCGACGGUGAUGAGCUCGCUGUCGCCAUUGCCGAGGAUCUCUACCCGAGCGCCAUCAAGUACUACAUCCAAGCUCAGGAGAUGGACGGCCUUAGCGAGCUCGACUUCGAGGAGAUGGAUGAGGAUGAUGAGGAUGAGGAUGACGAGUAAAGGAACGACGGCACGCCCAGGAUACGAUUGAGCGCGGCCGGGAGACAGGCGCGGUUGGUCAAGCAAUGGCCUUCACGCUCAAUCCUUUGGUCGUGAUGAUGAAGC